GGAGGUAGUCGACGUUUCUGUUAAGCUUCAAUGGCGAAAAAUUCCAAAUUUCCUCGAAACAAGUAAAGCCUGGUUCGCGUGGAUCGAAGAAGAUUGUCAAUUUCUGAGAACCGAAGUCAUGGGUAUCCUAAGUUACGCCGUCGCCGGCGGCGCGUUUGCCGUCAUCGGCGCGUGGGAGUCACUCGACUCAUCGAACCUGGAUCCGAAUCCAUCUUCUGGUACUGAUCCUUCUUCCCCUAUGGCUCAGAUCACACCGUCUCCACCCAAAUCUGUUGGGUCGUCUUCCAUCCCCGUAGCUUUGCUUUCGUCUCUCUUUAUUGCCAACUCGAUAUUUUCCUUCUUCAGCUCAAUCGGAUCCCGAGAUCGGGUCGGGUCGAUGCUCCAGUUACAGAUCCUUGCGGUCGCAGUUUUAUUCCUGGUGUACGCCAUUCUGACCUAUCUGGUCAACUCUAAAAACGCAGUGUUUGUUGCUCUUCCGUCUUCGAUUACGAGUUUGGUGCUUCUCUUUGGCUUCAUCGAGGAGUUCUUGAUGUUCUACCUGCAAAAGAAGGAUAUAUCUGGAAUCGAGAAUCGCUACUACGACCUCAUGCUCGUACCCAUUGCGAUCUGCGUCUUCUCCACGAUUUUUGAGCUGAAACCCGACGCAAAUACUCGUCGAUUCGCGAAAUUAGGUCGCGGGAUCGGUCUGAUUCUGCAAGGGACAUGGUUUCUGCAAAUGGGUCUAUCGUUUUUCACCGAGUUUAUCACUAAUAAUUGCACACUUCACGAGAAGAGCAGAGGCAAUUUCACGAUCAAGUGCAAAGGACACAGCGAUUAUCACCGAGCAAAAGCAAUAGCAACUCUUCAGUUUAACUGUCAUUUGGCUCUUAUGGUGGCUUUAGCUACUGGUUUGUUCUCCGUUGUUGCAAACAAGAAAGGUUAUCUUCGUGAAGAUCACUCAAAAUAUCGGCCUCUCGGUGCUGAGAUGGAGAACUUGAGUACUUUCACUCUCGAUUCUGAUGAAGAAGACGAGAUUCGAGAAGCUAGCAGCGUAGCGAAAGAAGCUGGUCUUAAUGGAAUCAGCCCACACACUUAAAGAAAUGUUGUUGGUCGAUGGGAGGAUUGAUGCUGAUAUGUAACCAAAUACACGAAACAAUAAAUGUUGAAUUUUUGCAUAUGUAACAGAAGAAAUUUUUCUUAUGAAUAAAUCUCGUAGAGAAAAUUUGUCUUCCUCCUUACGGUUUGCUAGUUAGUUCUUAAGCUACUACAAGUUAGAUCAUUCCUGGAAUCUUGUGGCCAACGGUUAGUUUAAGUCGACUGCGACAAAGAAAUCGAAAGUGUUCUUCUCUCAUUUAGGGGCUUUCUCUUCUUCUUCACCGCCUUGAUCACUACUACUCUUGAAAUACUUGCAUAGAACUAUGUAUACCACAAAGCUUAGUGUACUUGUAAGAGCAAGGAGCCAGUAGUAUUUGUCAAGCCGAGCUUCCGACAUAUCAUCUGCAAACCAGUUCUGGCGUUCACCUGUUGAGCUCGAGUAAGCCUCCACGAUUGAGAUCAGUGCGGCGCUCACAAAGCUUCC